AAUAUCGUACUUCACAAGAGUUCGCUUAUGUGACAUCCAUACGUCCCACUAAACUCGUGAAAAGUGAUUCACCGCCUCCAUUAGCAAUUCUAUCCGGAUACCAGACUGACGGGUCUGGAUAUCUCUACGCCGCGGUUGCAGACACAGAUUGGGGAACAAUCCACGGAAAAGCUAAAG